GUUCAGCACUAAAUUUUAGUCCGUUUUGUGCUUUCUUGGUAGCUGUUGUUCUGUGACGUUAGUUGGUCUUUGACAUGUCUGCGUCAAAGGACGAGGCUGGCAAGCGAAACCUGCCUUCAUGGAUGAACAAGGCCGAAUCUUCUGGAAACAAACCAAGUGGGUUUCGCGAGAGCGACGGAAGUAAUGAAUCCGAGAAAGAGAAGCCAAAGCAAGACAAAGGGCAUCAUAGUAGAACUAAUUCAGGCGCUGUGGGAAUUGAGACCAGCAAAAAAACUGUAGAUUUCUCCAAACUUUUGGAAGGAGUGGUUUUUGUGCUGUCGGGGUUUAUUAAUCCUGAGCGCAGCACAUUGCGAUCGCAGGCUCUGGCAAUGGGGGCAGAAUACCAGGCUGAUUGGAACUCGGGUUGCACGCUCUUGGUUUGUGCAUUUCCAAACACCCCAAAGUUUCGACAAGUUGAGGCUGAUUGUGGCACUAUUGUUUCAAAGGAAUGGAUAUCGGAAUGUUAUUCUCAGAAGAAGCUUGUUGAUAUUGAAAGUUACCUUAUGCAUGCCGGCAAACCGUGGCGGAGAAGCAAUGUUUCCCAUGACACCAGCACAGAACCAAAAGCAUUGCCACCUAAAAGGUCACAGAAGGAAGGUGCAGGGUCGCACUCAAAACCAACUGCCUCAGCUGUCCCAAAGAACAAAGAUCCUGAUCCUGCUAAUGGAUGCUUUUCUCCUUCUAAAGUGAAGAAGUGGGCCAUUGAUGAUUUGAACAAUACGAUUUCCUGGCUGGAGAGUCAAGAAGAAAAGCCAGAACCAAAUGAAAUCAAGAAAAUAGCAGCUGAGGGCAUUCUUACUUGUUUGCAAGAUGCAAUAGAUUCUCUGGAACAAAAGCAGGACGUCCAUAAAAUUAUUGAGCAAUGGAAAUUCGUCCCACGUGUGGUCAAGGAGCUAGCAAAGCUUGAGGGAAAGGUAGAAAAUGGCGCCUCCAUAUCUCAAGAAGAUCUCUACAGGGAGGCUAUGGAGUGCAAACGGGUUUAUGAAACGGAAUUUGAUAGUUCAGAAGAUAAUUCAUUUCCGAAGAAGAAAAAAUCAAAGAUUGCAGAACCAAAAAGGGCGACGGGCUAUGACAGUGAUGAAACUAUCGAGAUGACAGAAGAGGAAAUAGAUCUUGCUUACAACAACGUAUCUUCUAAGCUCCAUAAACAAUGACCAAACUCUCUUUUAAAAAUGAAAGUGGGUAUUUCUUUCGAUCAACUUUGUUUGCUACCUCCCAUUUCGUCUUUCAUGUCCUUUUGGCUUAGUAUA